UCAAGACCACUAAUACGACCAUAUUCUCCAGCAAAAUCUCCCUUUUGUCAAUCUGCUGUAAAGGAAAGCAGACUUUGGUUGACUCUCAUUUUAGGCGCGGGAGCAGGAAAAUCGGCCGUCGUCGCCCCGUGCAAGGGCGGGCAUGGCUGAAGUUAGAACACGAUGCCCCAACGACGUUGAGGAUAUUGACGGAACUUUUAGUAAAUCGGAGUUCCUGGAUUACAUUGGUACUAAACUUCACACGUCCGUAAGCACCUCUCGCAAAAGUUUUCGUGUUUUCUGGGACGAGGAAGAUGAUGAAUCAAAUAGCUAUCAGACACUCUUUUCCCAGGUGGGUCCACCUUUACUUCCUCCUCCCAUCGUCAAGGACAAGAUCAAAAUUGCGCUGCAGCAUGUUGAUCUCCUGUAUAAUCGAGCAAUGCUAGCUCAGUUCUGGGUGCCGGUGAUGAUCGGGGGACGGCGAUUCCUGAAAUCCUCAGACCAGCCUUUUGGGUUGACUUGCUUAAGGAAAGGACUAUGUUCGUACAGAAAGCUGUGUCUGAAUUAUUACUACUGUACGGAUAAUACCUGCAGUAGUGAUGGUGGUGCUGAUUAUGUGGAUGUGGAUGUGGACUGGAAUGGCGGAGGAGGGGUAAGAGAAAGCGUGCUUCUCACUGGUCCGCCUUCACGUGUCUUUCUUCGUGGACUGCCGGAGUAUAGCCCAAGCGUGGAGUUCUACGCGGACUCGGAAUAUCCUUUAAGGGAUGAGGCUAUGGGCCGUAAGAUAAGCGACUAUAUGGCUGUGCCUGUGUUCGAUCCCAAUUCCCGAGAAUGUAUUGGCGUAAUUGAGCUGGUUUCAACUGCUGACUCAGUUAGAGAGAUGGAUAAGCCUGCAUAUAUAUUUGGGUUAAUCUCGACGGCACUUCAGGGGGUAGAAUUGAGGACUUCAAAUUUUACCAGCGAUUUUGACUUGGAGAGCGACUUGGCGAAGCAGAGCUCAACAGAUAUAUCCCAUGCACUGCGUGACAUCCGCAAAGCAUUAGGUGAUGCAUGCCAAACACACAAUUUGCCUUUUGCUCAGACCUGGAUGCCUCAGUUAGGGAAAUGUCAUAGCUACACAGAUAAUGCCCUUUCAACAACGAGUAACGAAUAUUACCUCUCACACGCAAGAUUCUCUUUAUUUAGAGAUACCUGUGAAAGUUUUCCGCUAUUGAGGGGGCGAGGGGUUGUUUGGAAAUCAUAUUCUACAGGUUAUCCGUGCUUCUGUAGAGAUGUAACCAAGUUGAGCAUAGCUGAUUACUCCUUUGCUCACGUUGGCAAAAAGGUUCUCUUAGACAGCUCUUUAGCAAUUUGUUUAAAGAGCGAUCAUACGGGGAAUGAUGUUUAUGUACUUGAGCUCUUUCUGCCCUUUAAGACUGCUGAUCCUAGAAAACUUCUGGAAUCUGUCUUACUCACGAUGAAGAAGCAUCUCAAUAGUUUCAGACUUGCUUCUGGGCAUACACUGGAGGAUGAGAUGUUUGUUGAAGUUUUGAAAGUUUUAAAAGAAGACAAGUUCGAUUUGUUCAGAUUGUUUCAUACUGACGGUGGUUCUGAUGAACUGCUGGAUCGUGGUUCCUCAAUCCAUCAACAACUGUUCCCAGAUGACCAAAACUGGCUACUUAGUUCAAUAAAUACUGCAAACACAUUGAUCGCUGACGAACAACGGUUGGAGGAUUUGGUUUCAUACCCACGCUUAUUAGAAGCCUCUGAUUCAAAACUUAGCCUCGUAACGGGUGAUGAUCUUGCUGCAUGGAAGGAAGAUUCUUGUGAUACUCAAUCCGUGAAAGAAGGCAACAGUAAUAUUAAUUCCUCUGCUUCAACAUUUAGUUUUCCAGCUCAAGAUAAUUUGGAAAGCUUAGUUGCAGAAGAUGCUGGAUUCAAUGCACCUCUAAGUCGUGAUGUAGACUUUUCUGUAAAUAAGGAAAGCAUAAGUUCAGCAUCAGAUUUGGACAAACUUGACCGUGAAACUAUUGAGAAACACUCUCAUUUGACGCUUAAAGAUGCUGCUAAGAGUCUUAGAGUGAGUCCAUCCACGCUCAAGAGGAAAUGUAGGAAAUUUGGCAUCCCAAGGUGGCCGCGCAAGAGAAACCAGGGCACUUGCUCUCCUACUAGCACUGAAUCCAACAAAGACCGCGAAAUACCUAAUGCAGAAUAUGGUCAGGAGGUCUCACAUCCUAAUGUGUCUUCUCAAGAAGGUACAAAUUCCAGCAAGCACAAUUCCUUACAAGCUGCAACAAUAGCGAAGGAUAGCUUCAUGAUGAUAAAGGCUGCAUAUGGAGGGAUAAAGAAGAUUAAGUUUCAACUUCGAUUUUCGUCACGGUUGGUAGAUAUGGAGAUGGAAGCGGCAUCAAGGCUCAAGUUAAAAGUUGGAGAUUUCAAGUUUUGGUAUUUGGAUGAAGAUGAUGACUGGAUAUUGAUAACCUGUGAUGCAGACGUGAGGACUAUGGAAUCAAUGGGUAAGAAUACAAUCAAAGUGUCUAUCACUCACGGUGAUGAUGCUCCAUCCUAAACAAAAAGGGAAAAAGAAACACACUACUACCAAGGGACAAUGAAUGUUUUCACCAAAAAGGAAAUGUCCAUGGCCCCAUUCUUUUACAUUUGCUACGUUUUGCGUUAUUCAAUUAGUGAUUGAAGCCUUGAGAUUAGAUCCGUAAAAGUGUAUUUGUAAUUCUUUUUACUGCCUUAUCAUAACAGGGCAACUACACUGGCACCCGCUAGUGCCCAUUUUUGUGCCUAAUCGAAGCCUGAUGAUGAAAGUGGCAGCUCUGUAUCA